UUAUCUCCUGGAAAAUGUUCGGUCCUAGAAAUCGCUACUGAACUCAUUAAAAUCUCUCAUUUAAGCUCGUAUUUACCAACAACAAACAAGAAACACUUCCUUGGCUCGAAUUACUUUUACAAAUGAGUGGAGCUGCUUCCACCUUGAAGCAUUUAUUAAAUCAACUAGAAAAUAUAAAAAACGAAAUUGAAACCAAAAUUCUUCCAGCUGUUGAACGUUUGGAGGAAAUUGAUAGAAGAUUUACUAAACUUUCAAAUUGGCAUGAUAAAAGGCAGAAGGAUGAGCUUGAAUUGAGGGGAUAUACUUUUUUGAGUAGGGAGCAGUCUAAAAUGAUGCUUACUGGAGGAGAGAAUGGGCAAACCAAAAUUCUUCAAAAAAUAAAUGAAGACGAGUUAGGCGAUGAUGAAAAUGAAUUGGAAGCUGUACUUGAAGAAGACAUUAGAAAAUUAUCAAAAAUUAAUGAAAACGACCCCAAUUUAACCAAUAAAGUUGGAGAUGAAUUUAAAAAAUAUUUGAUUAAAAAUCGAACGAAGCGUUUCAUGGAAAUUGAAAGUUUAGGACAAAUGAGAAUUCUUGAUCCUUUUCUUUUUGUUAAUCAAGUGAAUGAUGGGAAAGUAAUGAGAAGAGUUGCGCUAUCGCCGAGGGCUUUUAGCUUACAGCUUUUGACGCCUGAUUUUGGGGGUGUCAACGUUCUCAGCCCUUUUGCAUUUGUACCCAGCAUACUAUCGCCUCGCGCCGCAAUGCUAAGUGUAUUAUCACCAAAUGCUUUUACAUUACAACUAUUAGCACCCGAAGCUUUUCGUGUUGAAGUAAUCAGUCCCCAAACUUUCAAUGCUAAAAUCCUCUCACCUAGAGCUUUUAUUGCCUAUGUUCUUUCACCAAGACUAGUAGUUGCGGAAAUUUUAAACCCAAAGGCUUUCGAAGUUCGUGUGCUCACACCAACUAUUGUUUCGUUUACGGUGUUGAGUCCAGGUAUUUAUUUUAUAGAACAAAGGAAACUUUUCGGGUGA